CUGCGGCAGCAGGACUCAAACCCUCGCCCUCAGGAUGCUCCUCCGAGCCCUCGCUCCGGUUCUGCUGUGGGCAGAACCCCGCCUGGUCCUGCAGUCGGUCGGGUCCGGCCUGCUCGCUCUGCUGCUCGUCUGGACGGCGAGGCUGCUGCUGCGGCACGCCUGGUACACCCACCGGAUGUCCUGCUUCAGCAAACCCCGCACGCGCUCCUGGCUGCUGGGUCACCUGGGCCAGAUGCAGAGCACGGAGGAAGGUCUGCAGCGCGUGGACGCCCUGGUGCAGACCUACAAACACUCCUGCUGCUGGUUCCUCGGCCCCUUCUAUCACCUGGUCAGAGUCUUCCAUCCAGACUACGCUAAACCUCUGCUGAUGGCGUCAGCCAGAAUCACGGUGAAGGACGACCUCGUUUAUGGUCACCUGCGUCCUUGGUUAGGACAAAGUCUGUUGCUAAGCAACGGAGAGGAGUGGUCCCGGAAGAGACGGCUGCUCACUCCAGCGUUCCACUUCGACGUCCUGAAGGAAUCCAUCUCCACCUUCAACUCCUCCACCAACACCAUGCAUGAGAAAUGGCGGCGUCUGGUGGCUAAAGGAGAAACCAGCUUGGAGAUGUUCGGUCACGUGACUCUCAUGACGCUGGACAGUUUGCUGAAAUGUGCUUUCAGCUUCCAGAGCGACUGUCAAGAAUCCACCUGUGGGUACGUGGCGGCCAUAGUGGAGCUCAGCGACCUCAUCAUCGAGCGCAGGUUCAGGAUCCUGCACCACUGGGACUGGAUCUACUGGAGAACCGAGCAGGGGAAGAGGUUCAGACGGGCUCUGAGUGUGGUUCACGAAUUCACCAGAGAAGUGGUUCAAAAGCGCCGUGCUCUGAUUGGCCAGCAGGGGGAGACAGCCCCAAAGCGAAGGGACUUUGUUGACAUCAUCCUGAUGACAAAGGAUGAAGACGGACGGAGCCUGUCAGACGAGGAGAUCGAGGCUGAAGCCAACACCUUCAUGUUUGCAGGGCACGACACCACAGCCAGUGCCAUUUCCUGGACGCUGUAUAAUUUAGCUCAGCACUCCCACUAUCAGGAAAAAUGCAGGCAGGAAGUGAUGGAUCUGAUGCAGGGACGCGCCAGGCGUGACAUCGAAUGGGAGGACCUGUCCAACCUGCCCUUCACCUCCAUGUGCAUCAGCGAGAGCCUUAGGCUCCACCCACCUGUGCAGGCCGUGACCAGGAAGUACACGCAGGACAUGCCUCUCCCGGGGAACCUCACCGUCCCACAGGGUGCAAUCUGCUUGGUCAGCAUUUAUGGAACGCAGCACAACCCGGCGGUCUGGACAAACCCGCACGAGUUUGAUCCUCAUCGUUUUGACCCAGAACACAAGAAGAGCGUCUCCUCCCACGCCUUCAUCCCGUUCUCCUCGGGGCCCAGGAACUGCAUCGGUCAGAAGUUUGCCAUGGCUGAGCUUCGGGUUGUGGUGGCGCUGACUCUGCUGAGGUUCCGCCUCCGCCCGGGAGUGAACCCUGAGCUCGGGGGUAGCCCUGGCCCGGUCCGCCGCCUCCCCCAGCUGGUGCUACGGGCCGAAGGAGGACUGUGGUUACAGCUGGACCCUCUGAGCCCAGAGGGAACCCGUCCAUGAAGAUGAUGCUCCAAUGUCGUCCUUGCAGAAAGUUGUGCUUUUAUUUUGUGUUAUCCUGAAAAUUGUUCACUGUCACGUUUUAACGUAAAAAAAAAAA